AUGUCUUCCACUCUUCUUCGCACCGUCCCCGCGCUCCGUGGAGCUCUCCGGGCUUCGGCUGUCAAGCCUGCUGCUGCUCUCGCCAGCACCAGCUUCGUUCGCGGCAAGGCCACUCUCCCAGAUCUUCCGUAUGACUACAAUGCGCUCGAACCUUACAUCUCCUCCAAGAUCAUGGAGCUCCACCACAAGAAGCACCACCAAACAUAUGUGACCGGCCUUAACACGGCGCUGGAAAAUAUCGCAAAGGCCGAGGAGAAGGGUGACUUCACCAAGGCUGCCUCGAUUGCGCCUCUUCUCAACUUCCACGGUGGUGGUCACGUCAACCACUCUCUUUUCUGGGAGAACCUUGCCCCUGCCAGCAGGGAGGGCGGUGGUGAGCCUAAGGGAGACCUCAAGCAAGCCAUUGAGGACGACUUUGGCAGCUUUGAGGACUUCCGAAAGCAGAUGAACACCACUCUGGCUGGCAUCCAGGGCAGCGGCUGGGCGUGGCUCGUCAAGGACAAGGAGAGCGACACUCUGAGCAUCGUCACCCGCGCCAACCAGGACCCCGUUACCGGCGCCUUUGUGCCUCUUCUGGGCAUUGACGCCUGGGAGCACGCGUACUAUCUCCAGUACGAGAACCGCAAGGCCGAGUACUUUGAUGCCAUCUGGAACAUCAUCAACUGGAAGACGGUUGCCAAGAGAUAUGACUAA